AAGACUAUUUUAAUGCGAGAUUUCCAAUGGAUGGCUUGCCUUGUCUUGUUCUAUGCCCUUGGGCACUUAAGGAACCACGGAGCCCAGGGACCUCUGGGGAGACCAUCCGCGUGGGCUCGGCAGCUUCCAACACUCGCCGCAGGUAGCUGAAUCCCAGUGCUUGUGUAUUUCCCCUCCCUUCCGGUGCAGCACUAUAGAAGGAUUGCGUGUAGAGGCCAGCAGCAGAGAUCGACGACACGACGACUGGACUGAUGGUGGUGGGGAGGAGGAGUCCGAGACGCGAAAACGGUGAUCGAGGUGGGAACGGCAAGGGUUGUGGUGGUGGUGGUGGUGCAUGGGCAUAGAGGCCGUGAGGAAGGAGAAUUGGAGACGGGGAGGUGGAGGUUGAAGGGGACGGAGGGUCGGGGAUGUGCAGAGCGGUGGUGUCGACGGUGAGAGGACGCAGGGACGAGGGCGAUAUGGGUUGAAGGAUUCUGAGAGGGAUGUUCUGAGAAUUUAGUAACAGGUCUGAGGAGGAGGAGGCGGAGGAGGGUUGCGGCGAGAGAAAAUAAGGCGAGGGUGAAGGGUGAUGAGGAAGGAGGAGGUAGGGUGGUGCCGGGUAUGUGUACAUGGCCGGGUUGGAAGAUGUGGGGGCACGGCCCUCCGGCGCCCCUUCUGACGACGAGCAGAGUGGAAGCAGCGGGCGGGGAAGGAAGCGAGGAAAGCAACCAGCUGAGAACCAGUUGGCCAUACUGGAACCCGGGCGGAAACCCAGAGGGCGGCCGCCAGGAUCCAAGAAUAAACCAAAACCUCCUGUGAUCAUAACCCGAGAAAAUGGAAACGCGAUGCGGCCGCACAUACUGGAAGUUGCUGGAGGAUGCGAUGUAAGCGACUCCGUCGCGUCGUUCUCACGGCGACGGCAGCGAGGGGUGUGUGUAAUGGGCGCCAGUGGCACCGUGUCGAAUGUGACUCUCCGGCAACCCACAACUCCCGGAGCGACGGUUACCUUUCAUGGGCGUUUCGAGAUCAUUUCUCUCUCAGGUGCAUUCCUACCUCAUCCGUCAUCGGCUCCCACGACUGGGCUCACUGUAUCACUUGCUGGUGCCGCUGGGCAAGUGCUAGGGGGCAGCGUGGUUGGGACUCUCAUGGCAGCAGGACCUGUACUCGUGAUCGCGGCGUCUUUUAUCGGUCCUACGUUUGAACGGCUCCCUCUUGACAACGAUGAUGAAGGCUUGACCAUGGGCGGGGGAAGCUCCAGUCAACAACCGCCUUUAGCUAUCCAGGCGCCGGAGCUCAAUUAUCCUGCGGGAUUGCAAUCGCUAUACAGCAUUGUCACGCCGCAGAAUCCCAACCUGAGCAACCAACCCCAGCAAUUGUCCACGCAGGACGUGCUAAGCCAAUGGGCCGGAGGUGGGGGAGGGGGCCAUCCUCACCACCCGCACGCGGGUCAUGCAGGUCAUGUUCAUCAUCAGCGGCCGCCACAGUACUCAUGAAGCUGGUUGCGCGUCCGCAAUCCAUCAAAUCUUUGCUAAUGCCGCGGCAAAGAAUCAGAAAGCCAUCUACUGCAAGAUCUAUCACGCUCGAGAAGCAGUUUGUUGAGAUGAUUAGUUAAUAAUUACAGAUGAGAGACUUGAACGUAAUUUGGUAGACGAUCAUGCUCUCAUUCCUACUUUUUUAUUCGCAAUCAUUGCGAUAAACUGGCCGCCGAAGAAGAGUUAUGAUGACGGUACUCCAACCGGAGUUACUGCUAGAAGUGGUACUUAGCUCUUCCUUUUGGCGGCAGCAACUUCUUCGGCAUCCAGGUGUUGUUUUCUGAUCCUCAAGUUCAGGAGGUUUCCCAGGAGUUGCUUUCAUGGCUUAUGUCUAGGUCUUUGUCAAAGCAUUUUUUGUUAGUCUGUGUAGGCACGGUUGUUGUUUCGCCCUUUUCUGUGCAGUAAUUGACGAACUUUAGCCGCAAGCGAAUCUCCUUCUCAUGUUGUGAGCACGACCAUUUUAUUAUCCUUACAUGGACGAUCCUCGUCUCUAUCUUAAUUAAUUAUCAGUUGACUCUAUCGUAGUCCAGUUUAUGUUAUGAUCAGAAGCUAGUUUACUUCUUCCACAGUUGAUUUAACAUUUGAUUGAAUAGAGAAAAAAGCUAUUUUUGCA